AUGGCCGGCGGCGGACGGCUGAGCUGCGCCCUGGCCUGCUGCUGGCUGGGGCUCCUCGGUGCGGCGGCUUCGCUGAACGGCAGCUCGUCGUCGGAGGAUCGGUGCAAGCGCGCCGCGCCCUGCGAGGCCCUCCGGGAGAGCAACUGCUUAGGAUCGCCGCUGCCCUACGCCGCCACCUCCACGCUGCUGGCCGGGGACUCGAGCACGCAAGCGGAGAACGAGGUCCAGAAUAUUAAAUUCAACAGCUCGGGGCGAUGCGAAGCCCCACUGGUGCAGACCGACAACCCCAAGAGUUGGUACGAGGAUGUGGAAGGUUGUGGGAUCCAAUGCCAGAACCCCCUUUUCACCCAGAAGGAACAUCGCGAGAUGCACAUCUACAUCGCCGCCUUCAGCUCAGUCACAAUUUUUUGCACCUUUUUCACGCUGGCCACCUUCUUAGCCGACUGGAGGAAUUCGAACCGUUACCCCGCCGUCAUCCUCUUCUACGUCAACGCCUGCUUCUUCAUGGGCAGCAUCGGCUGGCUGGCCCAGUUCAUGGACGGCGCCCGCAGCGAGAUCGUCUGCCGGGCGGACGGCACCAUGCGCUUGGGAGAGCCCACCUCCAACGAGACCCUUUCCUGCGUGAUCAUCUUUGUGAUUGUCUACUAUUCCCUCAUGUCCGGGGUGAUCUGGUUCGUCAUGCUGACGUACGCCUGGCACACCUCCUUUAAGGCGCUGGGCACCACCUACCAGCCACUGGCGGGCAAGACCUCCUACUUCCACCUGGUGACAUGGUCCAUCCCCUUUGUCCUCACGGUGGCCAUCUUGGCAGUGGCACAGGUGGACGGAGAUUCGGUGAGCGGCAUCUGUUUUGUGGGGUACAAGAACUACCACUAUCGCGCGGGGUUCGUCCUGGCCCCCAUCGGCCUGGUGUUAAUUAUCGGGGGCUAUUUUCUGAUCAGAGAACCAGAAGACAACGGUGGUCAUGGAUACAGCAGAUCCAAGGGACAGCAGCAUCAUGUUAAGUAUGAGAAGCUGGAAAAUUACCAAGGCCUGAAGGAGGAACUAGAGCGGAUGUUGAAAUAA